AUGUCUAACUUGAGACACACAAUAAGCUGCUCCAAAACAAACUUCUCAAUUGAUAGGGCAAUAAAUGAAUCAAUUGCGCAAGCUAAAGAAGGGAUAUAUGCUGAAGAAGGGAAGGAAGAGGCCAAGACAGCUAUAUUUUAACCCACAUGCUGAGCAGAUGAAUGAGGUUCCAAAUACUAAGACUAAUUCAUCCUUGCCCAAGAAAACACUUGAGACCGAUCUACCAUUUGGGUUUGAGACUUUUGUGCAGGAGCUUGAAACGAUCUCUGAGGCAACUAUUACAAAAGAUUCCCCUCUAGAUCAAUCAACUAUUGGAAUAUCUUGAACUCUCAUAAAAAUGUAUCAGACUGCUAUUGAAGUCUACUUUUGGAAGAAAGAUAAGCCAAAUUACAGGAGGUUCAAGUCCAAACUCCAUAAUUUUCUAAAAUAAGCCUCAUAUGCAGAAGAUUGCUUUCAAAAGGCUAAGUUUUAGACAAGAGAUAAAAGGCAGAACCCAGACAAUGGUCAAGUCCUCGCUCGAUCUGGACGAUGAAAGAUCAGUGCAAAUCAAGCCCUUGACUAAUCAGGAAAGAUUUGAGAAAAUAGGUCUACAAAAACUAGUUGUCAAGAAUCCAGAAGAAGUUACAGAAAGUAACAAAUUACACAACAAACCCUCCCCUGCCUCACAGAAGAAAGCCAAGGUAGAGGCUUUGAGUGAUGAUGCAGAGGGCUCUGAAUCUGCAAAGGAGGCAGCCAGUGCAAGUCAGGAUAAAAGUUCAUCAAAUCAGACCUCAUCCUCGAAAGUUCGUUCAGAUAAAAGUAUUGGAGAAAAAGCAACGAAUGGAAUAUCAGCUCCAACACUCCAUACUUGCAACCAGAAAGAGAGGGAAGUGAAGUUCAAGAAUAUUGACAUCAUUCCUCUCGGAACACCUCAGGAGAGAAUUGAGAAACUUGUCGGUCCCAAAGAAGAUCGGUCGUCAGAUAUCCAAAAUCCUGAAGGAAGAAGUCAGCCAAAGAGCAGUGAUUUCACAGAGUCUGAAAGAACUGAAGAGACCCCUGCUAAGACUAUCCAAACUGUCGAGAGCGAGGAUGCUCAAGAAAUUCUUUAUGAGGAGUAUCCACAAGGUGUACAAGAAUUAUUUCCGAAACAACAGGAAGAUACUAGUCAGCCUCAGAUUUCUGAGGGAAAGAGCAGUUCUCAAGAAGAUUCCCAUGCUGAUGGUUCUACUGAAAAGGUCAAAGAUAGUCAACCUGAAGAUUACAUUCCUGAACCUACUGAAGAACCAGAGGUUGUUGAAGAAGAUAAAGAAGAAGUUAAACAGGAACUCGAGUCUGACAAUAAUCCCUUAGAUUCACAAAUCAAGGCCGGAGAUAAAAUAGAUCAAAAUAUUCCUGAUAAAAUAGAGCAGCUAGAAAAUCCUACCCAAGAAGUUCUUCAAGAACUUGGAGAACAAAUUGAAGAGGUGGUCAACGAUGCUAAAGAAGAGGAAGAUCAACCAGAAAUUCAGAUCCAAGAAGCUGAAGCCCAAGAAGAUGAGAUUCAGAACAUUGAAGGUAAAGAGGCUGAUCUAGUUCAGCAAGAACCCCAAGAGUCUGAAGUGCAAGAAGUUAAAAUCCAAGAAGAUCAGCUUGAAAAUAAUGAGAUGCAUCAGAUAGAAGCCCAGGAUAUUCAAGCUCAACUAGAUGAGCAAAAAGAUUCUACCGUAGAAGAAACUGAAGAUCAAAAGAUUGAAAUCGAUGAACAACAGGAUGUAGAAGAUACUAAUCAGGAGGAAAUCAUUGAAAAGAAAAUUAAGCAAGAAGAACCAACUACUGAAGAAAUACUUGAUGAGGAGCAAAGUCCAAAGAUACCUUCAUCAAUCGAAGAUAUUUCAGAAGAAUCAUUAGAAGUAGUAUAUGAUAUAAUGAGACAGAUCGCCAUUGGUUUCAAUAAGCUAGUGUUCGACGAAUCUGAAGAAUCGUCUAGUGAAAGUAGUGAGCAAUCAGUAAAUGAAGUCGCCCCACAACCUCCAGUCCAGACCCAUAUUGCUCCUAAAAGGCGUCCCAAAAAGAGGGCGGGAGUUGACCCACACCUUAUGGUAAGGGACUUUUCAAAAGCUGAUGAAAAGGCAGUCAGGGCAGUGAAGAUUAACAUUCUGGAACAAUCAGAAAGCUUAGCUGCUAAAUUAUCUGAUAGAAGGAGGAAGAGAAAGCAUCCUUACUCAAAGCGUUAUUCUAUUAGGAAUGGGCAUCACAAGGAUGACGCUUUGUCAAAAUCCUUCCUUGGAAAAGAAAUGGAGGAUACUCUCGCUACAGAUUCUUUGCAAAACUUCGGACUGGAUCAGCCGAAUUCUUUCCAAGUCAACUCAGGAGGAGAGAAUGAUUUUAAGGAAAUUUUCAACGUGUUAGCUGAACUAGAAGAUGACAGUAACUUAUUCGGUGACAUUAACAACCCUGGGCUAGACUCGAAGGAGACCACUCCUUCAGAUGACAAGAAUGAUGAGUACGAACAGAAGAAGGAAGAGUUCCUCGAUCAAUAUAAGCAGAGUAAAGAUAGAGAAAUAGCUGAGAUUAAGAAGACUUAUGACGAUGAAAUCGCUAAUAAGAAAGCUGAAGGCAACAGCAAGCUUAUCAAAGGCAUGAUCAAGAAUAUUAAGAAAGAAAGAGAUGCAGCAGUCAAGAGAGUCAAGGACAAUUUUAAGAAGAAAAAGGAUGAGUUUUUGGGAAACUUGAGGGAGGAAUAUGGUAUUCAGGAAGGAGAAUAA